UGGGCGGAGUUCGCGGGACGUACUAAAAGCAAAUCCGCUCGCGCUCCUCUGUCCUGUAGAGAGAAGAACCACGUGUGACUGAACGCUUUCAACCUGCGCCACUCUCACAGCUAAACCAGCUUUACAGCACAAACAGCAUUCAGUCAUGGUCAAGCUCGCUAAGGCAGCGAAGAAAGAAGCGCCACUGAAGAAAAAGGCACCUCCACCUCCCAAAGAUGUGGAAGAGGAAUCCAGCGAGGAGGAGGACAGCGACGAUGAGGAAGAGCAGGCUCCACCAGUCAAAGCUGCAGCAAAGAAAAACGCAGCUCCGGUAAAGGCGGUGAAGAACGGCAAAGCUGCGGCCAAACAGGAGAGCGAGGAUGACGACGAUGAUGAUGAUGACGACGACUCUGAAGAGGAAGCUCCUCCCCCCCCAAAGAAGGCCACCCCUGCUAAGGCCACCCCUGCUAAAGCGACCCCGGCUAAGAAAGCAGCUCCCGCUGAGGAGUCUAGUGACGAGGAUGAUGAUGAAGAGUCAGAGGAAGAGGCCCCCCCACCCAAGAAAGCUGCACCCGCCAAAGCCACGCCGGCCAAGAAAGCGGCUCCUGCGGCCAAAGCGGCUCCUGCCGAGGAGUCCGAUGAUGAAGACGACGACGAUGAUGAAUCUGAAGAGGAAGAAACUCCGCCUCCUAAAAAAGCGGCUAAACCCGCAGCGAAAGCUCCCGCAGCCAAAGCCAAAGCCCCUGCACCCAAGGAGGAAUCCGAUGAUGACGACGAUGAAGAUGAUGAUUCAGAAGAGGAGGAAAUGGACACAACUCCUGCGCCCAAGGCCAAAAAGGCAGGAAUGGUGAAAGCAAAGGAGGAAUCUGAAGAUGACGACGAUGAUGAUGAUGAUGAUGAAGACGAUGAUGAUGAGGAAGAAGAACCCCCAGUCACUCCAGGGAAGAGGAAAGCGGAGGCUAAAAAAGAUAAGGCGACACCACCUGCUAAGAAAGCUAAAACUGAUGGCGAAGGUUUCAGUCUCUAUUUGGGCAACUUGAACUGCAAUAAGGACUUUGACGAAAUUAAAUCUGCGAUCUCCAAGUUCUUCUCAAAGGAAGGUCUUGAAAUUCAGGAUGUGCGACUUGGUGGGACCAAGAAAUUUGGCUACGUUGACUUUGCAUCUGAAGAGGAUUUGCAGAAGGCUUUGGCCCUCAACGGCAAGAAGCUGAUGGGCCAGCCGCUGAAAAUCGACCGCGCCAGGAGCAAGGAGGACUCCCAGGAAAGCAAAAAAGAGAGAGAUGCACGCACUUUAUUCGUAAAGAACCUCCCCUACUCCGUAACGCAAGACGAUCUGAAGGAACUCUUCGACCAGGCUGUUGAUAUUAGAGUACCGAUGGGCAACAACGGUUCAAGCAGAGGAAUCGCUUACGUUGAGUUCAAGACCGAGGAGAUCGCAGAGAAGAUGCUGGAGGAGGCACAAGGUGCCGAUGUUCAGGGGCGCUCCAUCACGGUAGACUUCACCGGGGAAAAGAGCCGGCAGAGCGGGAGAUCUCAAUCAACCGGUGGUGCUUCAAGCAAAGUCCUUGUCGUAAACAAUCUGGCAUUCAGCGCAAGUGAAGAUUCACUCCAGAGUGUGUUUGAGAAGGCCGUGUCCAUCAGGAUACCCCAGAACAACGGCAGGCCGAAGGGAUAUGCAUUUUUGGAGUUUGAAAAUGUGGAGGAUGCCAAGGAGGCGCUGGAGAAUUGCAACAACACAGAAAUUGAGGGCAGAAGCAUCAGAUUAGAGUUCAGUCAGAGCGACCGAGAGCGAGGAGGAAGAGGAAACUCUGGGCCUACAAAAACCCUGUUUGUCAAAGGUUUGUCAGAAGACACCACAGAUCAGUCUCUGAGAGACUCUUUUGAAGGAGCCAUUGGUGCCAGAGUCGCCAUGGACAGAGACACCGGAUCAUCAAAAGGAUUCGGCUUCGUAGACUUCGAUAGUGAAGAAGACUGCAAAUCCGCAAAAGAAGCCAUGGAUGACGGAGAGAUCGACGGCAGCAAAGUGACCCUGGACUACGCCAGGCCCAAGGGCGAGGGCGGCCGAGGCGGGGGCUUCGGCGGCAGAGGAGGGUUUGGAGGACGAGGCGGCGGACGCGGGGGUUUCGGAGGCCGAGGGGGCGGCGGUAGAGGAGGUGGAUUCAGGGGCGGACGAGGACGAGGCGGCGGAGGAGGCUUCAGAGGAGGGAGAGGAGGAGGUGGACGAGGAGGAUUUGGGGACAGGCCACAAGGAAAGAAGAUUAAGUUUGAUGAUUAAGUCUGUAAUUGAAUGAACUGUUUUCAUUGCUUAAAUCCACUUUUGUCAGAGCAUUUCUAGGACAUUCCAGAAAGCGUCAGUAACUGUACAGUGACCCCCGACCCCACGCUCCCCAUGAACUGAGUUCUGAGAGGUCCCAACCAUCCGAGUAAAAAUGAAAUGUGAAUGUUGUAAUUAUGCUCUGCUGGUUUAGGUACAUGUUGUACAUGCUACGGUUUGUUUUGUUUCUUUUGUUAGUGUGUUUUCCAUUUCUCCCUCAAUUUUUAUUUAAUUUCAUCAACUUUUUUUUUAGUUGCCUUUUAGGUGCAAGUUUAAUGUGCAGUACCUUUUUAAUGUGCAAAGCAUAUUGUAACGUAUACAUGGAUUGACACCUAUUUAGUAGUAAUUAGAGAUAAAUCUAUAUGAGAGUUUUGAAUGUUGAGGUUGGACAACAGCUCUGUGAGGAUAAUGUCAAAUUUAUACAUCCAUUAAAUUUGGCUUUUGUGACUUGAGGUUUUCUUUUUCCAGUUCAGAUUUUUCAUAAUGUAAAGAACCAUUUUGAUUAAAUAUGGUUUUUAAACUG